GAGAAAAGUUCUCGUCCAUUUCUCACCAUCGUUUACGCAUGCGUUCCUGAACACGUUCUGCUGAAUGCUGAGCCAAUUGCAGAAGAAGGCUUGCAAGAAGAUGAACAUGGGAACAUCAUUGAUCCUGCCACCAAAUCAUCAGUGGAAACAUCAACUGCCAUGAGUGAUGAAACCACAGCUGGGUCUCCGAGACCCUUGCCUACUUUGGUGCUUAACCUUGAAAAAUCAGCGCCUCCAGAGAACGAAACCCGGCGGCAUCUGUACUUCCCUACGGACAUCAUGCCGGAGAACUACACUAACAAUGAUCAAACGAAUAACCUGCGUCGGCACGUUUCGCCAUGGAAUGAUUCGAUUUAUACGCAACUGUGUGAUACUAAUGUGACGAAGGCAAAUCACGUCAUGGGCGUUAUUACCGAGUGGUUGACUGCAUAUCAAUUUAUCUUGAAAAAUCUGGAGAAGUUUGUCCUGUACUUGCUGCUGAGUGUCUGCGUCGGCCUGCUUCUUUUCUGCCUGGUCCUCAUCUGCCAACUGUGGAGCUCGAAUCGACGCCGAAAACGCCGCCUUUUGCGACAGCAAGAGCAGCACUUGAAGAACGGCUUCCCUUUGACAACAUCCACACCGAAUCCACCUCCGAAACCAAAGAUAAAAACCGUGGUGAGUGUUGGCACUGUGACCAACUUUCCACCCACAUCGUCGUCUGUGCUGAUGGAAACGGAUUCAGAAGCAGACGCGAGAGACAGAAGCACGCCAAGGUUUGGGGCUAUUAGUUCAACUCCGUCAAGUGGCGGCAGUUUGGGGCGCCCUUUCCCAACAAACUUGUCUGCAAUUGACAGGACUCCAUACGGAAGUGCAGCUGUGUCGCCGUCAUCUAGAGCAGGUUUAUUGGCGCCGUUGGUUGAAAUUGAUGGUGUUGAUGACUUCGGCGAUGACAUGCGUUACCAUAAUGUUGUGUGAAAGAUUUUUCUGAUGCAUGUUAGGGUUUUUUUUUUUUAUUACGGCGUCAUUCGGCUUUGAAGGCUGUGAAUUUUUGCGGUCCCUGUGACUAGGAAGGACAACCAGGUUGCUCAUUGCUUCAGUUAACCUUUAAUGUGUGUUUCAAAUUGGAGCAACUUGUUUGUCCUUCUAGACCUGGUGUUUGCUUGGUAUUGUCAGUAUUGUGCCAUGAGAGAGUAGUGGAACUGUCAUUAACCUCUUCAGGAAAUUAAACAGUUAUUUCCAAUGCCUUGAUAUACUUUACUUGGGAAUUAGAGAUUUGAAAUUGUUUCUCCUUACAUCUAUGUGAAGGCAUCAUCUAACAUUGAAGCUUCAUUUUUUCUUUUUUCACACAUGUCGUGCUUAUUCAUUAUAGGAGUGACAUCUAAGAUUAAAGUUUGAAACGUCUA